UCCACGGGCUUCAGCUCACCGGGGACUCGGCACUGUUUGCCGCCUCUACCGCUUCUCUCACCGCAUCACUUCCACGCUGUGAGCCGCUGAAACCGGACACAGAAACAGUAAAGUGGAGAAGGAGGGAGUGGACAUCACCCGCAGCACUCUCCUCCACCUCCUCCGGGUCCUCCACCUCCUCCAGGUCCGGGUGAUGGACGGACAGUCGGUGAAGUAAAACAGCAGAGACGAGUGACUACAUGAAGAGACAUGAGUGACUACAUGAAGAGAGACACGACUAAAUGAAGAGAGACUGGUGACUACAUGACAUGUGUGACUACAUGAAGAGACAUGAGUGACUACAUGACAUGUGCGACUACAUGAGAGAUGUGUGACUACAUGACGUGUGACUACAUGAAGAGACACGAGUGACUACAUGAAAAGAGAGGUGUGACUACAUGUGAAGACACGAGUGACUACCUGAAAAGAGACGUUUGACUACAUGAAGAGAGAGAUGUGUGACUACAUGAGGAGGCGGAGUAACAGGACCUCGAUCCUCACCUAGACCUUCCUCCCCUUCAGCCUGGACAUGAGGUUGCUCCGGUCGUUCGCAAAUGACGACCGCCACGUCAUGGCCAAGCAUGCCAGCAUCUAUCCGUCCCCGGAGGAGCUGGAGGCCGUGCAGACUCUGGUGUCCACUGUGGAGGGAGCCCUCAAGAAGGUCUCUGAUUGGAUGGAUGGCCUAAAUAAAUCCUCAGGAAAGACCACCUCUGAUAAUGAGUCAGGGAACAACGCGGUGGAGGCCAGCGUUGCCGAGACAAAGUUGGACCAUACGUUGGUGCUGUGCGGCGUGACACGCGUCAGCCUGGUGGCCAAAGGCCUGCUGAUCAAAGGAGACAUGGACCUGGAGCUGGUUCUGAUGUGCAGAGAGAAACCCACCAAACUGCUGCUGUACACGAUCAGUGCCAACCUGCCGCUGCAGAUCCAGACGAUGACGGACGACAAAUACGAGGUGCGGUCGUGUGUCCCCGAGGCAGCGAUCUGGGUCGGCAGCACCAGAAGCCCUGAACUUGCCCUAAAGAUCACGCUUUCCUCCUCAGCCUGGCGGGAGGAGCAGCAGCAGCAGCACAGCAACACAGACCAAGAGGACGGAAGUCAGGACGUGGACAAACAGGUGGUGGAGGAGGAAGAAGAAGAGGAGGAGGAAGAUGUCCUGGACAGGCACAAGUGCCGGGCAGCGCUGGCUUCGCUUCGACGCGCCAAAUGGUUCCAGGCCAGAGUCACAGAUCUCAAGUCCUGCAUCAUCGUCCUGAGGAUCCUCAGAGACAUGUGCAACAGACGUCCCGCGUGGCAGCCUCUCAAAGGAUGGCCGCUGGAGCUCAUCUGUGAAAAGGCCAUCGCCACCUGUAACAGGCCUCUGGGUCCAGGUGAAGCUCUGCGUCGUGUCUUUGAAUGCAUCGCCUCAGGGAUUCUGCUGCCAGGAGGUCCGGGAGUGUCCGACCCCUGCGAGUGGGACCCUACAGACGUCCUGUGUGACCUCAGCGCUCAGCAGGCAGACGCCGUCACACACAGUGCACAGCACGCAUUACGCCUUCAUGCCUUUGGACAACUUUACAAAGUCUUGGAUAUGGAUCCUUUAGCUGCCAGCACGUCGUCACCAGGGCUGUCAGGUGGCUGCUGUCAGAAGAGGCUUCGGGACGACAUCAGGUCACAUGACAGAGACUUCAUCAAAAGGAUAAAAGUCCUGGACUGGAGAAUGACGGACCCGAACCACCCCAUGAACGCACUGAUGCGUCUCAAUCAGAUCCGCCCAGGUCUUCAUUUCCGCCUGUUGUCUCAGUCCGGCCCGGUCCACGCUCCAGUCUUCACCAUGUGUGUGGAGAUCCAGGGAACCACCUACCAGGCUACGGGGAACUCCAAGAGGACCGCCAAGAUCCAGCUGGCUCUCAAGGCUCUGCAGGCUCUGGGACACAUUCUCAGCAGCGAUGGAGACGCAGACUCCCUGAGCUUGGACGAAAAGUCUGACGGUGAAGGGAAGAACGACCGGAUGUCGACGAGCUCCAGCUCCAGCUCCGUCAUCUCCUCCACAGACACAGCAGAGUCCAGAGCUCCUGGUCCCAUACUGACCGCCGGAGGUAAAAACCCGGUGAUGGAGCUGAACGAGAAACGCCGCGGCCUCAAGUACGAGCUGAUUUCAGAGAGCGGCAACAGCUACGACAAGCGCUUCAUCAUAGAGGUGGAGGUGGACAAGCAGCUUUUCCGGGGAACGGGUCCCAAUAAGAAAGUGGCCAAAGCCAGUGCUGCGCUCGCCGCUCUGAACACUUUGUUCUCUGGACCCGAAUCUACGAGCAACAAGAAGCGACGAGUCAUCAGCGCGGUGAGUCCUCCGCCAAAGCGAGCGGUGACGUCGGUGCUGACUCUGCCCGUCCUCAGACCACCGCGACUCCCCGUCAUCCCCAGAUCUCCGUACAUCAGCUCUGCCCCCACACACAGUUACCUGCCCCCAGGUUUCACUGCUCCUUACAGCUACAGCCCCACCGCUGCACUCCCUGCCUAUGGCGGUCUGUACUUUGGCAGCCUUAUACAUGAUCCAGCCAUCAUCAUCCACCUGGGCUCUCGGGAUCUUUUCUGA